UGAACUCUACUAAAAACUGUAACGUCAUUUUUAUAUAAUCAAACCAUGUAAAAUAAACAUUUCAUAUACGAUUGCUACGACUAAGACAUAAACUUAACGAUUUUAAUACAAAAGCUUUCAUAGGGUCAUUAAGGAAGAUAAAAUUUCAAUUGUUUACUUCUACACCGCCUCGACUUUUAUAAAAGGGCAUCGUUUCCAAAUAAAAACGUCUCGCCCAAAUGGUUCAUUCCGGAGGCGAGCGCACACACAAUAUAAACGUUAAACGAGGUAGAGAAAUUUAUCAGUUGACAACGAAUCUACGAGUCUAAUCUUUGUUUUUUUUAUAAUUUACUUCUUGGACUGCGCGAAUUUGGACGACGACUGUUAUUUUACAACCGCAAUACAGAACUUCCAGAAGAACAACUAAUGCACGAGUGAGGAAAAAUGUUGGUGCAAUGCUUUACAAUGUUUAUUUUUGUAUCUACAAUCAGCGGUACAGCGUCUCUUUCAUGCUUCACGUGUUCUGAUGCACUUAGCUUAGGAGAAUGUACGUCCAUUGAAACAUGCUCCGAAGGAGAGGUUUGUUACAAAAAACGAGAAUAUACCAGUCAAGUGCAGUUUAGCCUCGGAUGUAUUGACAAGAAGACAUGUGGCAGAUUUGCUGAAAUACAAAAUACCUCCGAAGUUACAGUACAGAAAAUGAGUGCUGACAAAAGUUAUUGCCAAGAAUGCUGUUCGACAAACAAGUGCAACAAGGAUAUUUGUACAUAUCCUCCAAACUCUGAAUGCAAGGAUAGCAAACAUGUUGAUUGUGCUCAAUUGAACUCAAUGUUCAGUAUAUGUGAAGUGAAAAAUGAAGCCAAGAAAAUUUGUCCACGGUUUUGCGACCUAUGUAAUUUAGUUGAUGGUGGUUGGUCGUCGUGGUCACAGUGGUCAUCGUGUGAUGUCACAUGUGGGAAUGGUUUACUGUUGCGGCAGCGUACAUGUAAUAAUCCGACACCACAAAAUGGUGGCCUUGACUGCCCAGGAAACAAAAUUGAAAAGAAAUCUUGCAGUCUUCAAUUAUGUCCUGUGCACGGAGGCUGGAGUUCUUGGGGUAAAUGGGGAACAUGUUCCGCGACAUGUGAUACUGGAAUGCGCCGUCGGAUACGAUCAUGCACAAAACCUCGCCCGGAACGUUUCGGAAACCAUUGCUUUGGCAACAACGAUGAAGCCGAAUUGUGUAAAGUUGGUCUUUGUACAAAAAAGGUUGCUUUUGAUGCGUAUACAACAAGUAGCAAUGGUUACUACCCAGAUGGUAAAGUGCUCGUGUUUCCACACAUCAACAUUAACGAUGGACAAGGGUAUAAUCCUUCAACUGGCAUCUUCAAGGCUCCUGUGGCCGGGGUAUACCAAUUCACAGCCCAUGUUUGCCAACAAGGAAACAGGCAUAUUAUCAUUGGUAUCAUGAAGGGCACGAAGCAAAUUGCGGUCACCACGGGGUUUGAAAAAGCUACUUCGGUUUGCAGUUCCAUCAGUGCUAUUUCUCGGGUUGAGGUAAAUGAAAAGGUAUAUGUGAAGGCGCGUUAUAGUGAUAGCUAUUUGCAGUCGGAUAUAUACAGAUGGCCUUCGUUCAGCGGAAUUCUUAUGUACAGUUAGGUUGAUUUUAGAAAUACUGAAGUAAAUCAGUAUAGGCUUUUUAAUCCAUAUUUUUUAAUUUCCUGUAAGAUGUCAAACUUUGUUAAAUAAUGUUUUAAUAAUGAAUACUUAAACCAAAAGAAACUAGCGCUGAAUGUGCAGUAAUGUGUUGUAAAGGCUGCAACAUCUAUUCAAAGUAGUAUUUUUACUUCCAUACAAAAUACUAAUUUUCUUUUAUAUAUACCAAUUGCCAAAAUGGCUUAAGAAACAAAAUAUUGUUUAUGUAUAUGGCAACUGAGUUUAUUUUUGGAAACUGGUGAAAAAUACCAAAAUAAAAACAAAAGUUUUGGGGAAACAAUGAUAGCAUUUUUAAGGCAUAGCAUGACCGUCCAGACUUUUCUUAAAUCAACUUGUUUCAAGCUGGCACAAUUUAAGAUUAAAUAAAAAGUAUUGAUGUUCGAAAAUUCUUAUGAUAAGAGUUACAAUUAUCACCCUUCAUCAAAACCGCUCCUGCUUUAAGAAAUUAAUAAUUACUUGUCGACAGGUAACUCAAAUCUGUCAUGAUAAAUUGUCUGAUGUUUAUAUAAUAAAUUUUUAACAUUACUGUUAAGCAUUAGUCUUCUCUUAUUGUAUCUCACGUUGACAUAUGUAUUAAUAAGUUUAUACAAGAUGAUGUACUUGUAAAUC